CCUUACUGACCGUUAACAGGCUAUACGGUGGGAGAACCGGAGAAGAAGAUAACUCGUCUUUCUCCAUCACCUGACCUGAGACUGCUUCCUCUUUGCCAUGCGCGGAUUCCCGUCUAAGAUCGAGAAUUAAGAGAUUUCGACAAUCUUGAGGUGUGUGAAUCAUAUGAGUUGAGAGAAUACGGUUCCAAUCUCUUCUUGCUUAUUCCUUGCGCCAGAGGGCAGAGGUGGAUUGGAAAAAGAGACAGAAUUUCUUGAUCGUUUCUGGCGAAUUUCCUAUUUGGAUUCCUCUCAAUGUUGUAUUGAUUGGAAAUUGCAGCAUCAAGAAAUUUCUGGGCCUUUUUCUUUUACCGAGAGAAUCUGUUCCACUAGAGUUUCCCUGUUCUUAAUUUCUUUCAGUCGAUACUCAAAAUGCAUUCACCUUCUCUUUUUCCGAUUAGUAAUCUUUAUUGAUUCUUAUUUCCUUCCUAGCUAUCCCGUGGUUCAGUUCGAAUCUUGACAAUUACCCACUUCGAUGGCCCAAAAUUUGGUCUUUUGUUUCCGAUCUUUCAUGCUGUGAAUUUUCUGCUUAUUUGAUUCCAGCUCUGUUUGGUACUUUUGUGACUGAUAAACUUCCAAGCACCUUAAAUCUGUUUGUGCAGAACUCGAAGUUCAUGGCCACGUUGGCACCAGGAAUUCUAUUGAAGCUACUUAAUGGCAUGAAUACAGGGACGAAAGCCACCAGUGAGCACAGAAGCUCACUUCUGCAGGUGACAGACAUCGUACCUGCAGAUCUCGAUGAAAAAAACCUCUUGCCCAAACACGGUUUCUAUAUAAAGGUAUCUGAUUCUUCCCAUUCGAUCUAUGUCAGCCUGCCCUUUGAACAAGAUGAUCUUGUCCUCAGCAAUAAAAUGCAGCUUGGGCAGUUCAUAUAUGUGGAUAAAUUAGAGCCAGGGUCGCCUGUUCCUAUAAUCAAAGGCGCAAAGCUUCUUCCUGGUCGACACCCAUUAGUGGGAACACCUGAACCACUAAUUGGUCUCAAAGACAGCAGAGAGAGAACUUCAUGUUCGCAGAAGCUUCUUGCUCACAGAAGAGGUUCUUGGGGAGUAGAGCAGAAUGGAACAGAUGUUGUUUCUUCCCCUUUGCCAGUGAAGCCAAUUCCUUUAGAUUUAGAUCAGAAUACACCACUAAAAGAGAGGCCUAGUUCAACGAAGAAGAGUACUAACAUUUUGAUUUCUCCAUUAAUCAAAGGGAGAAUGGAGAAAGAAGGAAACUCAGGAGUUGUUUUCAGAUCUUCUGUGGGUGGGCUUUUGUCUAAAAUGGUGGAUUCAAAGGGGGAAAGCCCUGCCAGAGUUAGGAAGAGCUGUAUUGCCCCUUCCUCUGCAUCAAAACUUCCAAGGAGCAAGAGCAUUUGUGAACUGGAGCCGAAGAUCCCCAGAAGUCCCUUUAAUUCAACUGAAAAGAGGAGUUCAACUCCACCACCCAGAUUAAGAAACAUUAGAAUAGGGACCUCAAAUCAGUCUGGGGAUGUACAGAACUCUUCAAGUUACAAUGCAAUUUUUCAACCAAAAUUUCAGUGCGACAAUCCGGACUCAAAGAACAAUAUCAGUCCACCCAUGUCUCUACCCGGGAAGCUUAGUAUGCUUGGGAAGGAAGCUGUACAACAAAGGGAAACAGCUCAGAAAAUAGCUCUUCAAGCAUUAAGAGAUGCUUCUGCAAUUGAAACUGUAGUUCGGUCUCUCAGGACAUUUUCAGACUUGAUUAAAUCAGCAAAACCGGAUGAGCCUGCUUCCUGUUUUGAUCAGUUUCUGGAGUUCCAUCAGCAGAUUACACAAGCAGUAAGCGAUAUGGAAACCAUUCAAGCAGCUACAACAAGUAGCGAAUUGGCACAAACUCCAAACCAUGACAAGAGAGAUGCAUUAAAGAAGCAAGCUGAAGAAAAUUCCGUCUUACAUGAAAUAGAACACAACUCAACAGACCAGAAGUCAUCCAAGAGAAGAUUGGCAUUAUACAAAUCAGUUGCAGCCAUCCCAGAUAGGGAUGAUUUGAAGGACAUGGGAAAGCACCUUAGAUUGAAUCUAAGCCAAAAACCUUCUUCUGAAAGAAAAGGGGUUUUCAACCUCAACGGCAGAGCACCCAUUGAAACUGCCUCUGACAACGAUGAAAACAAGAAGCCGAGCUCUAGCACCAUCAACAAUACAAUCAAAAUGGGUAAGAAGAUUGAGAAUGAAGCUGGAAACUGGUUUAUGGACUUCUUAGAAAAAGCCUUGGAGACAGGUAUGAAGAAACCAAGAGGAAGAAUGACAGAGGGUGAUAGUCGGAAAGUCCCACAAUCUCUCAUACUCAAGGUUAUCAACUGGGUGGAGGUGGAACAGUGUGAUAGAUCUAAGAGACCAGUUCAUCCUAGGGCAGCACAAAUAGCCAGGAAAUUAAGGAUCAAGGUGAAGAAUCCUUGAGGGAAGUUAUGUUUAGGAUCUAAACGGAGUGAUGUAAACUUGUAUAAGAUUUAUUAUUACUACAUUCAUUAUAUUUCUUCCUGAAAAUGAAGUUUGAUUCCCAUUGACCAAAAA